UCGAUGUCGAUAACUUGAACAGCAUAAAAAGAAAACGAAAACUCGAAAUUCGAAGAACGCACAGAGAACCUCGUAAAUCGUGAGCCGUUCGAUGUGUGUGAAAGCUUCCUGAACGAAGCGACAUCGAAACUAAUCGCCAGGAUGGAGUCUGUGCAUUCUGACGAAGAGGAGCUUCGCAAGAAAGAUAUUAAAGAGAGAGAUAGCUUUGCUAACCGUCUCAAAGCUAAAGAUGAAAGUAAAACACGCAAAAUUGCCAUGCCUAGUGGUUCUGGAGCCGCUGAAGCAGCUAAGAGGCUCAAAAUUAUGGAGAUUGAUGCAAAAGAGAAGCUGGUACCUAAAUUAAGAGUUGAGUCUCGUAGAAAAUAUUUGGAGAAACGUAAAGAGGACAAAGUUGCAGAAUUGGAGGCUGAUAUUCUUGAUGACGAAUAUUUAUUUGACGAAGAAAUUUUAACAGAAAGAGAAAAGCAUGAAAGAGCUCGAAAAAAGCAAUUGUUGUAUUUGGCAAAAGAACAUGAAAAGGCAAGAGAGCUUGAGCGUAUCCAGCGUUAUCAUAUGCCUCUUGAGAAAGGUAAGAUGGAACCAGAACCUGAUAUUGACAAAGAACCACCACAGUCAGAACAAAGCAAAUGGGAAUCGGAUCAGAUAUCAUCAGCUGUUUUUCGAUUUGGUGCUAAAGAUAGAAAAGCUCAACAAGAGUAUAGUCUCCUUAUGGAAGAUGAUAUGAUUGAAUUUGUUCAAGUAUUACAUAUGCCAGGACAUGAUAGGGAGAAAAAACGCGAGGAAAGUCCACCUGCACAUGUUAAAAGCUUACAAACCAUACAAGAAACAAAGAAGAGUUUACCUAUUUAUCCUUUUAGAAAAGAUUUGAUACAAGCUAUUAAGGAUCAUCAGGUUUUGAUAAUAGAAGGUGAAACAGGCUCGGGGAAAACCACACAGAUUCCACAGUAUUUGUAUGAAUCUGGAUUUGCAGAAGAUGGUAAGAUCAUUGGAUGCACACAGCCAAGGCGAGUGGCUGCAAUGUCGGUGGCUGCAAGAGUAGCCCAUGAAAUGGCCGUUAAAUUGGGCAAUGAAGUUGGCUAUGCUAUUCGUUUCGAAGAUUGUACAUCGCAUCGCACCCGCAUCAAGUAUAUGACUGAUGGUACAUUGCACCGAGAGUUCCUCAGUGAACCUGAUCUGGCAUCAUAUAGCGUAAUGAUAAUUGAUGAAGCACACGAACGGACCUUACAUACAGAUAUAUUAUUUGGUUUAGUGAAAGACAUUGCUAGAUUUCGUCCCGAUUUAAAAUUGUUAAUAUCAUCAGCUACAUUGGAUGUUACAAAGUUUAGUGAAUUUUUCGACGAUGCACCUAUAUUUAGAAUACCAGGACGCCGUUUUCCCGUUGAUAUUUACUAUACAAAGGCACCAGAAUCAGAUUAUAUUGAGGCAUGUGUAGUUUCUAUUCUUCAAAUUCACACAACACAACCAUCGGGUGAUAUAUUGGUGUUUUUGACUGGACAAGAGGAAAUCGAGACAUGUCAGGAAAUAUUACAGGAAAGAGUGAGAAGACUGGGUAGCAAGUUGGCAGAACUACUAAUUUUACCUGUCUAUGCAAAUUUACCAAGUGAUAUGCAAAUCAAAAUAUUUCAACCAACUCCACCUGGUGCAAGAAAGGUGGUAUUAGCAACUAAUAUAGCAGAGACUUCAUUGACUAUAGACAACAUAGUAUAUGUGAUAGAUCCUGGCUAUGCAAAACAAAACAAUUUCAAUCCACGUACCGGUAUGGAGAGCUUAAUAAUUGUACCAAUCAGUAAAGCAUCUGCGAGUCAGAGAGCGGGACGUGCUGGUAGAGUUGCGCCCGGCAAGUGCUUCCGUCUCUACACAGCGUGGGCCUACCAACAUGAACUUGAAGAGAGCACUGUGCCCGAAAUUCAAAGAAUUAAUCUCGGUAAUGCAGUACUCACUCUGAAAGCUCUCGGGAUUGAUGAUCUGAUGCAUUUUGAUUUCUUGGAUCCCCCGCCACCUGAAACAUUGAUUUUGGCAUUGGAGCAGCUCUAUGCGUUGGGCGCGCUCAAUCAUCGUGGAGAACUAACAAAACUCGGACGUAGAAUGGCUGAAUUUCCGCUGGACCCAAUGAUGGCAAAGAUGCUAUUAGCUAGUGAAAAAUACCGUUGCUCAGAAGAGAUAGCGACUAUUGCAGCCAUGCUCUCGGUAAAUGGUGCUAUUUUUUAUAGGCCGAAGGACAAAAUUAUACACGCAGAUGCUGCGCGCAAAAAUUUUUACGUACUUGGCGGUGAUCAUUUAACACUUCUCAAUGUGUAUAAUCAAUGGGCACAGAGUGAUUUCAGUACGCAUUGGUGUUAUGAAAAUUUCAUACAACACAGAUCUAUGAAACGAGCAAGAGACGUUAGAGAACAGCUAGUAGGCUUAAUGCAACGUGUAGAGAUGGAAUUAGUCUCAGGAAUCACAGAAACAAUUAAUAUUAGAAAGGCUAUUACAGCUGGUUAUUUUUAUCAUGUGGCACGAUUAUCAAAAGGAGGUCAUUAUAAGACUGCAAAACAUAAUCAAACAGUUGCAAUACAUCCAAAUAGCUCUUUAUUCCAAGAGCUUCCACGUUGGCUUCUUUAUCAUGAACUUGUUUUUACUACUAAAGAAUUUAUGCGUCAGGUGACGGAAAUUGAAAGCAAAUGGCUAUUGGAAGUGGCGCCUCAUUAUUAUAAGCCUAAAGAGAUAGAAGAUACAACAAAUAAAAAAAUGCCUAAAGUUAUGGGCAGGGCACAACCAGAUGGUACAAAUUAACGAUAAUUUCGUACUGUUAAAUCAAUAUCAACUGUGAUAUUAAAUUACAUUUUGUAUAAUGUAUAUAUAAAAUAAAAAACAAUGUUAUCAUGUA